AUGAAGAACUGUGAACGAAUUGCGAACAUAGCUUUAGCAGGUUUAACAUUGGCACCACUUUUUGUGAAAGUAGAUCCAAACUUAAAUGUGAUCUUGACUGCAUGCCUGACAGUUUACGUCGGCUGCUAUCGAUCUGUCAAGCCUACCCCGCCUUCAGAGACCAUGUCUAAUGAACAUGCAAUGCGCUUUCCCUUUGUGGGGAGUGCUAUGCUGUUAUCAUUAUUCUUACUCUUCAAGUUUCUUUCCAAAGAUUUGGUUAAUGCUGUACUGACCUGUUACUUUUUUGUGCUUGGAAUCGUCGCACUUUCGGCAACACUAUUACCAGCUAUAAAACGUUAUUUGCCUAAGCGUUGGAAUGAUGAUGUCAUUUCCUGGCAUUUUCCUUAUUUCCGCUCUUUGGAGAUUGAGUUUACGAGAUCUCAAAUUGUUGCGGCUAUUCCUGGAACAUUCUUUUGUGCUUGGUAUGCUUCCCAGAAGCAUUGGCUUGCUAACAAUAUUUUGGGGUUGGCUUUCUGUAUUCAGGGGAUUGAAAUGCUUUCCCUUGGUUCUUUUAAGACUGGCGCAAUUCUCUUGGCUGGACUUUUUGUAUAUGACAUUUUCUGGGUUUUCUUCACUCCUGUGAUGGUUAGCGUUGCAAAAUCUUUUGAUGCUCCUAUAAAGCUUUUGUUCCCCACAGCUGAUGCCGCAAGACCAUUUUCCAUGCUUGGACUGGGUGACAUUGUGAUUCCUGGUAUUUUUGUAGCUCUGGCAUUGCGAUUUGAUGUGUCUAGAGGAAAAGGCAGCCAGUAUUUUAAGAGUGCUUUUCUUGGAUAUAUAGCUGGUGUGGUCCUUACAAUUGUUGUCAUGAACUGGUUCCAAGCUGCUCAGCCUGCACUUUUGUAUAUUGUACCAGCUGCUAUAGGAUUCUUAGCUGUUCACGUCAUAUGGAAUGGUGAAGUCAAGCAGUUAAUGGAGUUUGACGAGUCCAAGACUGCUGCAUCAUCUCAAGAAGGUAGUGAAACCAGCUCUAGCAAAAAGGUGGAAUGA